AUGAUUUUGUAUAAAAGUGCAUGCUGCGCAUCAGCCAGCAGUGUAGUUCGCAUUCGUCCAUCGGCAGAGCAUCGUCUGCAAAGUGCCCCCAAAAAUCUCAAAGAAGCAGCUGGUGCCCACGAAAACGUUCGGUUAAUUUGCAUUCGAAGCUUCACAUCGAGCUCAUCCCCCGGAGAAGCAGCAGCAGUCAUGCGUGUGCAGAUUGUCGGUGUCAUCGCCGUGGCCGUCGUGGCCGUUUCGCUGGUGCGCGAUGUUUAUGCGGAGCCACCGGUGAACAACGCCUACUUGCCACCCAGUUCGCCCCAGCGUCCCUCCUCCAAGUAUGGUGCUCCGCCCGCCAGCUCUUACUUGCCACCCGCCUCCGGACCGGCGCCAUUGUUCAACACCGCUCCGUCUAGCAGCUAUGCGGCUCCAUCGCAAAGUGCUUCAUUGGGUGGCCCUUAUCCGGCUCCUGCUCCACGUCCGUCCAGUUCCUAUGGACCACCAGCCUCCCGUCCCUCGUCCAGCUAUGGACCACCGCCAAGCCGGCCGAGCCAGUCGUACGGACCACCGCCACAGGCCAAGAAGCCCCAUCAUCGUCGUCCAUCCACCAGCUACGGAGCUCCGAGACCCGCUUCGCCUUCGCAGAUCUAUGGUGCCCCGCCCUCUUCUAGCUAUGGGCCCCCGAAGCCCGCGCCCCCUUCCCAGAGUUACGGUGCCCCAGCUCCACCCUCCAACAAGUACGGUCCUCCCAAGUCCGCACCUUCUUCCAGCUAUGGAGCUCCGAGACCCGCAACCCCUUCAUCCUCGUACGGCGCCCCCGCCCCACCAUCCUCGUCUUAUGGAGCACCUGCCGCACCAUCAUCUUCGUAUGGAGCACCUGCCGCACCGUCAUCGUCUUAUGGAGCUCCCCCCCCACCGUCCAAAUCUUAUGGAGCACCUGCUCCUUCCUCUUCUUCGUAUGGAGCGCCGGCUGCUCCUUCCAAGUCUUACGGAGCACCUGCACCACCAUCUUCCUCAUACGGAGCACCUGCACCACCAUCCUCAUCUUAUGGAGCCCCAGCACCGCCAUCCAAAACCUAUGGAGUCCCAGCUCCUCCCUCUUCUUCGUAUGGAACCCCCGCUGCUCCUUCCAAGUCUUAUGGAGCACCGGCCCCACCAUCUUCCUCCUAUGGAGCUCCUUCGGCGCCCUCUUCCUCCUACGGACCUCCAAAGUCAGCGCCCGCACCACCUUCAUCCAGCUAUGGAGCCCCGCCUCAGGCGCCCGUCAGCUCCUACCUGCCACCCUCUUCGCGUCCAGCGAAGCCCUCUUCCAGCUACGGAGCACCCAGUGUGAGCAGCUUUGUGCCCUUGCCUUCGGCUCCAUCGACCAACUAUGGAGCACCGUCGAAGACCCAGAGCCUGGGAAGCAGUGGCUACUCAUCCGGACCUUCUUCGUCCUACGAAGCACCAGGUGCAUCCCCAUCGUCAUCCUACGGAGCUCCUACCUCUUCGUUCCAGCCCAUCUCACCACCAUCGUCCAGCUACGGGGCUCCUAGCCGCGGAUCAGCCUCAAGCAGCGGAAGCUUCUUGGCCGCUCCCUCAUCCUUGUACAGCGCCCCAAGCAAGGGUUCCAGCCAUGGAUCAUUCCAAUCUGCUCCAUCCAGCUCGUACUCGGCUCCCAGUGCCAGUGCUAACAGCGGUGGAUCAUACCCCUCAGCUCCUUCAUCAUCCUACUCUGCCCCCAGUUCGAGCUCAAACAGUGGAGGACCUUAUGCCUCGGCUCCGACUUCGUCCUACUCGGCACCCAGCUCAGGAUCCAACAGUGGCGGACCUUACCCCGCUGCUCCAUCGCCCUCGUACUCCGCUCCCAGUGCCUCUGCUAACAGUGGUGGAUCCUAUCCUUCGGCUCCAUCCUCGUCUUACUCGGCACCUAGCCCAGGAUCCAACAGCGGUGGACCCUACCCUGCAGCUCCUUCAUCCUCGUACUCGGCACCAAUUCCUUCAGCCAACAGUGGAGGUCCUUACUCUUCGGCUCCCUCAUCUUCGUACUCCGCUCCCAGCUCUAGCUCCAACUCCGGUGGACCAUAUGCCGCUGCUCCAUCAUCUUCGUACUCUGCUCCCAGUUCCAGCUCAAGCAGUGGAGGACCCUACCCCUCGGCGCCUUCAUCUUCGUACUCCGCACCCAGCUCCAGCAGUGGAGGACCAUACCCAUCCGCUCCCUCUUCGUCCUAUUCCGCACCCAGUCCGAGCUCCAACAGCGGAGGACCUUACCCGUCUGCUCCAUCCAACUCGUACUCGGCCCCGAUCGCUCCCCCAUCUUCAUCUAACGGAGCACCAGCCUCAGGAGCGUCUUCCUCGUUCAGCGCACCCUCCUCUUCCUAUGGAGCUCCCUCCACUGGUGUGGGUGCCAGCUCAUUCUCGUCCUCAUCAUCGUCCUUCAGCGGAACCUCGUCGAGCAGCAGUGGUGACUAUCCCUCGGCUCCGUCCACCUCCUAUGGAGCUCCGUCCACCGGCUCUGGCCCAAACUUCUCUAGCGCACCCUCGUCCAGCUACAGUGCUCCGCCCUCCGGUGGGUCCUCCAGCUCCGGUCCCUACCCAAGUGCUCCAUCCCAGGACUCCGGCUACGAGUACAACGGACCCAGCCAGGUGCCGGAGACCAUUCAGCAGAGCUACAGUGCCGACGGUGGCUACACCUAUCGGAAGAAGUGAGCAGACGCCGCAUCGCGCAUACGCCACGUGCCUUCGAAUACUCAACCACCACAUCAUAUCAUCGCCGUCGCCAUUGUAAAUUAUUCCCCAAAUGACAAGCCACCAAUUCGCCCAUUCCUCUUUCUCUCCUACAUGGAAAUCUAGCCUUAAUUCACUGUACCAUUAGAUGUAAAACACGAAACGUUUCUUAAAUAAACAACUUGAUGAAGAUCACAGAA